UUCAGUUUCUACACAGUCGAAGCUUUCAUGGCUAAUAAGCCUGUUGCGAUUGAAGUUUGCAACCCAAAUGGGAAGUACGGGGUUGUUAGCACCAAACCCAUGCUGGGAUCUCGCUGGAUCAAUAUAUUAAUCGAGCAAGAUUGUCGUGUUGAAAUAUGCACACAGAAGAAGAAUAUUUUGUCUGUGGAGGAUAUUGUGGCUCUAACUGGUGAUAAAUGUGACAGAGUCAUUGGACAGGUGAUGUAUUGUAAACUCGUUUAGCCAACUAAGACCAAGUUGAAAUCAUUGAACGAUUUGUGGGUUUUUGAGGAAUUUGGUUGGUUUUGUGGUUUCAGUUGACAGAAGAUUGGGGAGAGAGACGAGAGACAUUGUUUCAGGCAUUAAGUAGAGCAGGUGGAAGAGCUUUCAGUAACAUGGCUGUGGAUAUGACAAUGUUGAUGUUA